UUGCGGCGAGGCGUCAGGUGGAACUCGCUCCGUGAGGAAAGAAGAAAAGAUAAAAAAAACUUUUUUCACUUCGAGCUUCCUGGAGCGGAUAAAACUUUUCCCUCUUCGUCUGAAGACUCUGGGAAGUUUCCGGACCCGCUGUGGAGGAACUCCGCUCCCGGAGGAGAACUUUGAAGAUGAAGAGUCUGAAGUAUCGCCUGAAGAAGCACGAGCUGACAAUCACGAACACGGACUGGAACAAGUAUGACGACCGGCUGAUGAAGGCGGUGGAGCGCGGCGAGGUGGACAAGGUGGCCGCCGUUCUCGGCAAGAAAGGAAUCAUCCCCACCAAGCUGGACGUGGAGGGACGCUCUGCGUUCCACUUGGCGGCGACUCGAGGACACCUGGACUGUCUCAACCUCAUCCUGGGACACAAUGUGGACAUCACGGCCAGCGAUGCCACCGGUAAAAGCGCUCUCCACCUGGCGUCCAGGAACGGACACUCUCUGUGUGUGCAGAAGCUCCUGCAGUUCAACUGUCCAGUGGGAAACGUGGACCUGCAGGGACGGACGGCGCUACACGACGCCGUCAUGGCCGGCUGUCCCUCCAGUGUGAAGCUGCUGUGUGACAGUGGAGCUUCGGUCAACGCCUCGGACUUCGAGGGCAAGACGCCCCUCGUCCUGGCCACCCAGAUGUGUCACCCUCGGAUCUGCCAGUUGCUGCUGGAGCGCGGGGCGGACAUCAGCGUCCGGGACAAACAGAGCAAGACGGCCCUGAUCCUGGGCUGUGAGUUCGGCUGUAAGGACGCCGUGGAGGUUCUGCUGCGCGGCGGCGCCGACGUGAAGGCGGUGGACGGCCUGGGACACGACGCCUACCACUACGCCCGCCUCAGCAAGAACCCGGAGCUCGUCUCAUUGGUCAAGAGUUCCCUGGACAAGGCCAGCAGAGACAAAGAGGCUGCGAGGAUCGAGCAGUGGAAACGACAGUAUUCAGUGGAACGUUCUGAAGCAGCAGAGUCCAGCAGACGAGACCAGGUGGUCCAGGAUCUGGAACGGCAGAACGAGAACCUCCAGGAGAGUCUGAGGAAGUUCCACCAGGAGCAGAAGACUCUGCUGGACACGGUCAACAAGCUGCAGCAGCAGCUCACACAGGAGAAGAAGGCUGCAGAGGACACUCAGAAAGAGAAGGAGCAGCUGAAGGUUCUCCUGAGCUCCAGAGAACGAGACGAAGCGGCUCGAGGCCCCGAAACCGUCAAGGUGCAGCUCCGCAGCACGCUGGGGGAGUACUCCGGACAGUCCGUCAUCAAAGGAAAGGAGAGUCUGGUGAAACAAGCUCACAGUCUGGAUUCUGAACACAGUCCGUCAAGGUCCCGCUCGCUGUCCAGACCGGAGAAGAGUCCCCCGGCGGUGGGCUGGGACAGCCCCUCCGAGCUGGACGCCCUCCGCCGGGAGCUGGACGCCCUCCGCCGGGAGCUGGACGCCGCCAGGAGGAGACAGCAGGCCGCCGAGGAGGAGGCGACCCGGCUCCAGUCCACCCUGAACCGGAAGAACCGGGAGUGCCAGGACCUGGCCCAGAGCCGGGACACGGUCCAGAAGCAGGCGGACCGGCAGGUCCAGGAGCUGGAGGACGCCCUGGGGGACGUCCAGAAGAGGAUGCUGGACUCGGAGUGCAAGGUGAAGCAGCUGCAGGCGCACGUGGUGGCGGUGAAGGAGCACCUGGGCGGCCAGGCCAGCGAGGAGCUGCGCGUCCAGCUGCAGGACGUCAAGGCCAAGUACGAGGGGGCGUCGGCCGAGGUGGGCCGGGUCCGCAACCGGCUGAAGCAGAGCGAGAAGGCGCUGGAGGAGUACAAGAGCAGCGAGGGCCAGCUGGCGGCGGAGACGGACCGGCUCCACCACGAGCUGGAGGCGCUGGCGGCGGAGCGGGACGGCCUGGCCGACGCCCUCUCCCGGGCGGAGACCCAGCUGAAGGAGGCGCAGACCAGACCCGGCGCCGGCACCGUGCCCGCCGAGAAGUUCGACAACAUGAAGAACCUGCUGAGCAACGCCGUGGACGAGAAGGAGCGGCAGCUGGCCGAGCUCCGGGACGACUACGACCGCGUCCUGGAGGAGGUGGCGGAGCUCCACCGGAGGCUGGACGGCCCGUCCGGCCAGGGCGGAGCGGGCGGUGGCGGCGGCGGCGGCGGCGAGGAGCAGCAGAAGAUCCAGGCCGCUCUGGAGGAGCAGAACGCCUCCCUGAAGAGGAAGCUGGUGGAGGUGACGGCCAAGAGCCAGGCUCUGAUCCAGGAGGUGGAGGAGGGCGAGGAGGAGCGGGACCUGCUCCGCGAGCAGCUGGAGGAGCUGGGCAGCAGGGUGGAGGCCGACUUCAUCCCCCUCAGCCACCACGAGGACGUCCGCAGGAGCAUGGCGGCCGCCCUGGAGGACCUGGAGGACAAACUGGUGGAGGCCAGCGAGCGGUACGGCAAGGCGGAGGCCCAGGUCCAGCAGCUCCAGGCGGAGAGCUCCACCCUGCAGGAGACGGUCGGCAGGCUGGGCGGCGACAGCCAGAAGCAGCAGAGCCGGGCGGAGGCGGCGCAGCAGCAGAACGCCGAGCUCACGAAGACCCUGCAGCUGCUGCAGGACAGGUGCGAAGACCGGGACAAGGAGUGUGAGGCGCUGCGGCAGAGUCUGGACGGACAGUACGUCCCCCGACAGCAGCACGAGCAGGUCAGGGCGGAGCUGAGCUCCACCUUAGAGAGGGCGAGGGAGGACAUGUUGAAGAUGGAGGCCAGGGAGAGAGAGAGAGAAGAAGAGUUGAAGCAGGUGAAAGAAGGAAACGAGAAGUUGAAACAGAGGCUGGAUCAGGUCUUGUUGGAGAUGAAGAACGACUACGUCAGUGUGGCGGAGCACCGAGGAGCCACCGACCGGCUGAACGCCGCCGCCGUCCAGGCUCAGAACCGAGCCAACGAGGCUUCGGCGCUGCACACGGCGGCUCAGGACGAAGUCCUGAAGCUCACCCAGGAGCUGGAGGCCCAGAAGAAAGAGCUGGACACCAUCCAGGAGGUCAUCCAGUCCAAGUUCGUCCCGCUGACUGCAGCAGAGGAGAAGGAGAGCCGCUACAGCAGCCAGCUGACGGAGCUGAGCGCCAGGCUGCGGGAGGCGGAGGAGAAGUACAGCCAGGAGAAAUCGACCUCCGAAAGCAUCCAGCGGGAGAACGAGAAGCUGAGGGAGGAGAAGGCGGCGGUGCAGCAGGAGCUGGACUCCGCCCUGCAGAGCGCCGAGAAGCACCGGGAGCUGCUGGAGAAACACCAGGAGACGAGCCGGAAGCUGAGCGCCUCGGAGCAGCAGCUGCAGGAGGAGAAGCUUCACAGCUCCAAGCUCCAGGAACUCAACGCCGCCAACGCCUCCCAGAUCCAGAACCUGCAGGAGCGCCUCAAGUCCGAACUCGCCCGCAUCUCCACCUACGACUCCGAGCUGCAGAGCCUGCAGGACGCCCUGCAGCAAGCCCAGGCCGACUGCAAGAAGGCCCGGGAGGCCCAGCAGGAGGAGGCGCUCAGGGCCUGCUCCCUCCAGAAGGAGCUGCAGGAGCACCGUGGGGACCAGGACAAGGCCAAGGGGGCCCUGCAGGCCCUGGAGGCCCAGGUGCAGGAGCUGCGCCGGGCGCUCCAAGAGGAGGAGGAGAACAGCGCCCAGAGGGCCGAGGAUGUGUCUGCCCUGCAGGCCGAGCUCCUCCAGGCCACCCAGGCUCUGGAGGAGGUCAGCGACAAGGAGGACCAGGUGAACCACAUGAAGCAGGAGAAGCGGCAGCUGGAGGAGGAGGUGGCCGGCCUCGGCAACAAGCUGCUCAGCUUAGCGCAGGAGUGCGAGGAGGCCCAUCAGGAGGCAGCACGGGCCAGAGGAGGCGAGAGCCGAGCGAGAACCGAGACGGAGGAGGUCCAGGAGAAGGGACGAGCCAUCGAGAGGGAGGUCCGAGACCUGAAGGAGCGGUACGACCAGUCCCUGAGCACCAUCUGUGACCUGCAGAGGAGGAUCCAGACGUCGGCUCAGCAGACCGAGGCCAAAGACAAGAAGAUCACAGAGCUGCUGGUGGACGUGGAACGACUGAAACAGGCCCUGAACGGACUGUCUCAGCUGGCCUACAACCAGAGGCAGAUCAAGCAGAUCGAGACACUCCAGGCCCAGAUCAAGAGCCUGCAGCAGCAGCUGGCUGAUGCUGAGAGGCAGCACAGAGAGGUGGUUUCUAUCUACCGGACACACCUGCUCAGUGCAGCACAGGGUCACAUGGACGAGGACGUCCAGGCUGCUCUGCUGCAGAUCAUCCGGAUGAGGCAGGAGUUCGUCUGCUGAAGCCUCCUGCUGAGUCCAGUCCACCAGGACCCCCGUGACCCCCCGUGACCCCUGGAGGGUUCCUGUGGGGAGCUGCUCUCUGAACAGCCCUCUGUCCCAGCGUCUCUGCUGUGGACGCUUCAAGACGGAAAUCGAUCAACACUUGGAGGAUUAACCUGAUCACCACUGAGGAAACACCGUCGACAAAUUCAUCUACGUUUAAUCCACAGAAAAAUUAAAGGAAUGAACUGUUAAGAGGUGCGAUCGGUUCAAACCUGGAGCUGGAACCGGACGUCCACCGCGCUCUGAAAGAAAUUAAUAUGAAAUUAAACUGAUCAAUAAAAGAGAAGAAAAGACAUUUAGUACAAAGGAUUUAACACAUUGCUAAUAUUUACUACUGAUCUGAAUGUGUGAUUAACACAACUUCUACACACACACACACACACACACACACACACACACACACACACACACACCAGUCUCCACUCACAGUUUGUUCUCGUGUUUCAGAUCCUCUAAAUUAAUUUAAAGACUCUAAAGUUGCAUAAAAACACUAAUGUAGAUACAGAAAU